CACUAGAAAGCAGACAAUCUUGAUAAUGGCAUCAAAAUGCAACGCCCCUUUCAUUUCAUUUCCACCCUCCUUCCAUGCUAGUACUGCAUGCUACCCGGUUGCUAUCUCUCUACAUACAGUCCUCACACUUUUUUCUACCUAGUUGGCUCCUACAAUCUAAUUCAACCAUUUAUUAGCAUCAGUUUAGUAUAUUGCUGCCUACAUCCCUUCCCCACUCCCCUACUCUUCCUCUCCCCCACCACCCCAACCCCCCCCCCCAACCAAAAAAAAAAAAGAAAAAAAAUUCCCAUUUCCCACAUUUAUCAUUUGGGCUGUGGAUUCUUGAUCAGAUCCACUCAUCGCCACUGACUGACUCCUUCAUCAGCCAUGGCUGAGAAGGUCACUGUAAUGAGACUCAAGGUUGAUCUUCAAUGCCCCAGCUGCUACAAGAAGGUCAAGAAAAUCCUCUGCAAAUUUCCUCAAAUCAGAGACCAGGUAUAUGAUGAGAAGCAAAAUCUGGUGACCAUCACCGUUGUGUGCUGUAGCCCGGAGAAAAUCCGCGACAAAUUAUGUUGCAAGGGUGGCAAAGUCAUUAAGAGCAUUGAGAUCGUGAAGCCACCCCCACCACCAAAGCCCGAGGCGAAAGAAAAGCCUAAGCCGCCAGAAAAGCCUCCCAAAAAACCAGCUGAAAAGCCGAAGGAUCCUGUCGAAAAACCCACAGGUAUAGUAGUUGAAAAGCCGAAGGAUCCUACACCACCACCACUACUAGCAGCAACGGUUCCAACUGAACCGUACUCGCACCUGUCAGUUCCAGCGGGGUUCUGCUGUGUCCCAUGUUCAGAAGGGUACAGGGGGGGACCAUGCUACUAUGGGUACGGGCAGCCUGUGCCGCCGCCACCCUAUUAUUAUAGCUAUGGUUAUGGGUAUGGGAAGGGGUACCCGUACAGCCGCUGCGAUUAUUUCAGUGAGGAGAACACUGGAAAUUGUACGAUUAUAUGAGUGGAGCGGAGAAUUUGAUGGGGUGCCUCUAGUGUGAUUCUAUGGUAGUAUGUAUGUAGUCAGGGCGACCUAUACAAGGAAGAAGAAAAUAAUACUAAUGAACGUGCAACAAUGGAUGCUUCGGUGAAUGUAUUUUCGGAAAGAGACAUUGGUAUGAUGAGAGCGUUUUGACGAAUUGAAUAGGAUCUGGUUCGGAUGGUUGAUUGUAGCAACGUCCUCCAAAUUAUGAACGGACCCCAUGUAAUAAUAAAAUGUUUUUAAGUUUGGUCAACAAUAAAAGAACAACGGUAGUAUGAUCAUUGAUCAUCAGCCAAACUUCCCGAAGACCCCAUGGCAGUAAACUAGUAUAUAGUGGCACAGACAGAGGCUCGCUCGCUCGCUCGCUCUAGAGUAUUAAUUACUAUUGGAUUGGUCUGGUUGUCUGUAAUAAAUUGUCAGCGGUCCAGGCUGUCGUCCAUUAUUAUUACAAAAUAAUUGAGGUGCGACGUUAUUAAAAUGUUUUCUAGACAAA